GAAAGCCCCGGAUGUUCGUUGAGGAUUCAACAUGGCGGCGGCAGUGGCCGCGGUGGCGGCGGCGCAAGAGAGCUGAAGGCGGCGCGAGGGCGCGGAGUUCUGAGCUGAGCAGCUAGGCCGCGAGCGACUGCGGCGCCGAACCGAUGAGUGACCCGAAGCCCGGGGAGGAGCCAUCACCCGCCUGAGGGCACUCCUAGCCCAGCCGGCCUCAAACCAGGCCCCCAGCAGGAGCCCAAGCCUCAGCCCCCGGGCUGCCGAGGCCCUGGCACCAUGUUCGGGAAGAGGAAGAAGCGGGUGGAGAUCUCGGCGCCAUCCAACUUCGAGCACCGCGUGCACACCGGCUUCGACCAGCACGAGCAGAAGUUCACCGGGCUGCCGCGCCAGUGGCAGAGCCUCAUCGAGGAGUCGGCUCGCAGGCCCAAGCCCCUCGUCGACCCCGCCUGCAUCACCUCCAUCCAGCCAGGGGCCCCCAAGACCAUCGUGCGGGGCAGCAAAGGUGCCAAGGAUGGGGCCCUCACACUGCUGCUCGACGAGUUUGAGAACAUGUCGGUGACGCGCUCCAACUCCCUGCGGAGAGACAGCCCACCGCUGCCUGCCCGCGCCCGCCAGGAGAACGGGGUGCCGGAGGAGAGGGCCGCAGGGGCCAGAGCGGGCCCGGAGAAGGCGGGUGGCCGAGGCCGGGCCACCAGCCGCAGCGAGGCAGGAGGCGCCAGCGGUGACAGGCGGCGGGUGGGGCCCGAGAAGAGGCCCAAGUCUUCCAGGGAGGGCUCAGGGGGCCCCCAGGAGUCCUCCCGGGACAAACGCCCCCUCUCUGGGCCUGACGUCAGCACCCCCCAGCCUGCCCCUCUGGCCAGCGGAGCAAAGCUGGCGGCUGGCCGGCCCUUUAACACGUACCCCCGGGCCGACACGGACCACCCAUCCCGGGGUGCCCAGGGAGAGCCUCGCGAUGUGGCCCCGAAUGGGCCAUCUGCAGGGGGCCGGGCCGUCCCGCAGUCCUCUUCCCGACCUCCCGCCCGAGCCCGCGGCCCCCCUAGCCCUGGAGUGCUGGGUCCCCACGCCUCUGAGCCCCAGCUGGCCCCUCCAGCCCGCACCGCCGCCGUCCCCGCUGCCCUCCCUGCCCCGGGGCCCCCCGGCCCCCGCUCCCCACAGCGGGAGCCGCAGCGAGUGUCCCACGAGCAGUUCAGGGCGGCCCUGCAGCUGGUGGUGGACCCAGGGGACCCGCGCUCCUACCUGGACAACUUCAUCAAGAUCGGCGAGGGCUCCACGGGCAUCGUGUGCAUCGCCACCGUGCGCAGCUCGGGCAAGCUGGUGGCCGUGAAGAAGAUGGACCUGCGCAAGCAGCAGAGGCGCGAGCUGCUCUUUAACGAGGUGGUAAUCAUGCGGGACUACCAGCACGAGAACGUGGUGGAGAUGUACAACAGCUACCUGGUGGGCGACGAGCUCUGGGUGGUGAUGGAGUUUCUGGAGGGAGGCGCCCUCACUGACAUCGUCACCCACACCAGGAUGAACGAGGAGCAGAUCGCCGCCGUGUGCCUGGCCGUGCUGCAGGCCCUGUCCGUGCUCCACGCCCAGGGCGUCAUCCACCGGGACAUCAAGAGUGACUCAAUCCUGCUCACCCACGAUGGCAGGGUGAAGCUGUCGGACUUCGGGUUCUGCGCCCAGGUGAGCAAGGAGGUGCCGCGGAGGAAGUCACUGGUCGGCACCCCCUACUGGAUGGCCCCGGAGCUCAUCUCCCGCCUGCCCUAUGGGCCGGAGGUGGACAUCUGGUCGUUGGGCGUCAUGGUGAUCGAGAUGGUGGACGGGGAGCCCCCCUAUUUCAACGAGCCACCCCUCAAAGCCAUGAAGAUGAUUCGGGACAACCUGCCGCCCCGGCUGAAGAACCUGCACAAGGUGUCGCCAUCCCUGAAGGGCUUCCUGGACCGGCUGCUGGUGCGUGACCCUGCACAGCGGGCCACGGCGGCCGAGCUGCUGAAGCACCCGUUCCUGAGCAAGGCGGGGCCGCCCGCCAGCAUCGUGCCCCUCAUGCGCCAGAACCGCACCAGAUGAAGCCCAGUGCCCUGGCCUGAACCAAAGAGCCCGCGGGUGCCCCGCCUGCUCCUGGCCCGGGGACGCUGGGGAGACAGGGGACCCUACUACUGAACUCCGGUUCCAAUUUGUGACUUCCGAAAACACACGGACUCCUGGGAGCAAGUGAGGCCCUCAGGGUCGCCACCCCCUGGGAGAGGCCCCCGCUGUGUUCUGUCUCCAGGAAGGACAUGCGGCCCCCCAUCACUGGAAACCUGCAGCCGGGGCCGGAGAGAACACUAAGAACGAGGAGUGUGUGUGUGUGCACACACCAGUAUGUGCACGCGUGUGUGUGCACCAGUAUGUGUGUGUGCGUGUGUGUGCACACCAGUGUGUGUGGAAGGCGCAAGGUGGGCGUCUCUGAGACCUGGCCUGACACCCAGGCCCCCCACCCCCGAGCCAUUGUGGGGGUCAAUCAUGAAUGUCUGACGUGGCCUUUUCCCCUCGCCCCACACCCCUGCCUGUGGCUCGAGAGGGAGACGGGGCGGGGCCUCCCGCCCAGCCCAGCCUCUGCAGCAACCGACUACUGCACCAGGACAGCCACCUCUUUUCUAGAAGUCUAUUUAUAUUGUCAUUUUAUAACACUCGCGCCCUCCCGACCUGGAAUGGUCGGUCCCCCCCCCCCCCCCCGGGGGGCGGGCGGCAGUGGGCAGAACCACCGCCUGGAGAAUCCAGUCCUGCCCUGGCCGCCCCGCC